AACUCAAAACAUGAAGAGACAAAAGCUCGAUUUUAAUUCCAAACUUUGGAAAUCUACAGAAAAAGGGAAAACAAGACAACUGCUAAAAUUGGUGGCAUUUCAGAGCAGUCUGCCUAGAAUUUCGAUAAGCGAGUCGGAACCUGGAGACUCCUCUAGAAGUGACGAGGACGGUACAGAACUGCAAACUUUCGCGCCACUUGUUUAUAUCCCAUUACGAUUGGAAUCCGUAUUGAAUACGACAUAUUCGGGUAUACUUAACCAAGUGCGAAUUAUACUGCUUAUUACGAACAGAGCUGCAACUAAUCAGACGCCAGAAUUACUCGAUUUUGUAAAAAAAAUGGCAUCAAUUACCAUAAAUCCUCCUAAAACGAUCUUCGAUCUAAAUCUCAAAUCUAUGAUGCCAUUUGGAGCUGAAUUGCCUCAUGUCGCUAGGGUCUCUUGCCAUCAGAGUGAUAAGUAUGAGCGCGCUUUUGAUGAAACCUUAGAUGUUUUACGUUAUAAAUCGGAGAGUGGAAGACCCAAAGAGGAAGGAGCAGAAGCGCAUGGGUUGAGAAAUUUUUUUAGAAACCCAGUAAAAUGGCAAAAUUGGAUGAGCAAAGUCCGAUCAGCAACUUGGACGUUACUUCUCGUUUGUCUACUGUAUCUUCUCUCCAAUUUACCCAACGUUAUUGUAACCGCUUGGGAAUUUGUUGAUAUGCAAUCGCUGCAAACUGAAUUUUUUGCCUUCUACAUGUUUUCUACGGAUCUGGUUUCCUUACUGGUUGUUGCUGCUUGCGCUAUGCGCCUACCAAUUUAUAUGCUUUGCAAUCCGGAACUUCGACGGGUGAUUACUGCUACGAUAAAACUCAAUAUCAAACCGAAAAUUCGACAAUGUAAGGCUGAUUACUUGUAACA